CAACUCAGCGGCUGCCAAACCGCAGAGAAGAAGAAGAAGUGUCAUGGCGGCGCCCUGAACCUUUCACCUGAAGGAUCCAAACAGCUUUAGGUUUCAAAGUUUCUGUUUGUUCGGCCUCGCCAUGAGUCUAAAGGACCCGAUGAAGUGGAACGCCAGAGUGUCCGCAGUUUAUGCUGUGGGCAUCUGGACGAUGGUGGGCUCCUACGCUUAUUUUAAAUACACAGGCCGUUAUGACGAUAUAGAAGUGAGAAAAGAAGUCGAAGAGCCAUUAGGACCCAACCAGAAGGUCUACAAAACUGCUCACUCCAAAUCCAUCAUCAGCUACAAGGAAGGCUUCGUCCCGUACAGCACCAGGAUCUACAACUUCAUCAAGUCGUUCAGUGGAGAACCUGGACCUGAAGACAGCAAGAAGUAGCUGCUGGAUGCAACAUGAUGUAUACUGGGAUAUGUUGAGGGAAUCUGAAUGUUUGGACGUUUAGAGAGUUGAAAAAUUCCAGACUGAUCAUCUCUGCGAAACAAUGAUCGAGGGGCCACAGAAACUCUCAGAUUUUAAUAAAGCUCUAGAGAUUUGUGAGUUUUGCCAAAUCAGGUCUCAUCGGUUUUACUGCAGAAAAUUUGUCCUGCCUCACGUUGAGAGUCACAUUUAAGAUUCUGGGAUUAAAUAGAUUGAUUUAAUUUAUUAAGUGUGAACAGAACUGUGCUCUUCAACGUUUAUAUGUGGAGCUAAUUUGGAAUGCUUGUCACUUUUAUCUUCCAUUUUGUAACAAACCAUUUCACACACAUGAACUUAAACCAUUACAUAUCAUCUUAUUUCUCUUGGUAGUUUAGUGUUUGUUUAAUUAGUUAUGGAAGUAAAGGAUUGUAAAUAUUUCCAAGGUGUAAACCUGUAAUAUAGCUGUUGCAUUGCAGCUUAUUUUCCUUUAUUUUGGCUCCGAUCCCUUCUUGGCCAGCUGUUCUGAGAUGUUAUGCGCUACUUCUACAAAAGCUUGAAGGGCUAAACUGAGCAGCCUCUUUCAUUUCACAUCGUGAUUAUUUCAUUUGGUUCCUAUAUUUUUUUAUGAAUUGAAUAUAAGGAUGAAGAAAUUUGGUCAUCAGUGGUUAUUGAAAAUGUAAUAAAGGAUUGAAUUUGUUGAAGGAGGAAAAUAAUUUGUUCAACUAUCCAAAAGACAGCAGUUUCAUUACCAGGAUAGAAUAAAGAAUAAGACAAA